GGCCGCCCGGCAGCGGCGGUUGGGUUUGAACGCGCGGCGGGCGGCGGCGCUCCCGGCACCGAUCCAGGCGCCCGGCUCCGGCAUCGACCGCCGGUGCCGACUCCCGACCGCCGGUCCCGAUCCCUAACCGCCGGUCCUGAUCCCUAACCGCCGGUCCUGACCGCCGGCCCCGGCCCCGGCCCGCCGCCAUGCCUCCCGCGCGGAAGAAGGCCAGCGCGAGCGCGCGCGGCAGGAAGCUGGCGGCCUUCCUGAAGGAUUUCGACCGAGAGGUGCGGAGCCGCGUCCAGCAGCUGCGGGCGAACGAGCAGCGGCUCGCCAAGGAGGCGGAGAACCUGUACAACAUCGAGAUGCUGCGGCUGCCGGUGCCGCUCCGCGAGAUGAACUGGCUCGACUACCUCGCUAAAGGAGGAAGCAAGAAGGCAUUGGAAGAGGCAGCGAGGACAGACUUGGAAAUAACGGAAAUAAACAAAUUAACAGCAGAAGUGAUCCAGACUCCUUUAAAAAUCAUCAAGAAAGUGGAAAAAUCUAAACAGGAUGUUGAAGCUACCGAAGAAGAAGCAGAGCCUCCUUUGCUUCCUCUAGCAAAGAAAGCAAAACACGAUAGCCAAUAUCUUCCAGAACUAGAAGCUGCAAACGUUAAUCCAAGAACUGUAAAGGUGAAAGCUUCCACUAAAAAAGUGCCAGUGUCCAGGAGCAGACGACCUCCUUCAGCACGAGUGAAGCGCAUGAGUAAAAGAUCAAGCAAAACCAGCUUUAUUACCCCAGCUACUGGUAGAAUUGUUGAUCUCUGUGCUCGAGGAGGAACCUCCAUGGUCACACCCAAAUUUGAUUCCAGAAUUUUCAAGACACCGGGGUUGCGCACACCUGCAGUAAAUGAACGUGUUUACACCAUCUCUGCCAAUGGCAGCCCCCUUGCUGACAGCAGUGACGUCUUCAUUACAGUCCCUGUUGGAGGAGGGGAGAGCAUUCGUUUAACAGCAAAUGACUUGACCAAGAAGAAUCUUCUUCACCUGAAUCCAGAGGCCCAAGGAAUUAUGAAGAAGCUAUCAGUUCGUCUCGCACAAGCUUGCAGUGGUGCAAAGAGCCAAAGAUGAAACUCAAUUCGUGUUGACAGUUCUCUGUAAAUACAGAAUGUUACAUUUAGGACUCUGCUACCUUUACUUCUUCUUCUAAUUUGUCUCUUCCUUCCAUUAAUUUACAGAAUGGAAGUUAAGAACUGAUUUUUCUACUUACAAUAUGUAAUGGGAUUAGAAUAGAUUGCAUUUUUUAAUUCAGGAAAAAAAUACUUCCUUUUUCCUACUUCCUUUAAGGUUGAGACCAAGAUACGGUUAUCUUGGGCUUGCAGACCUGGGCAGAAAGGUUAUUCUGAUGUCUUGCAGAAGAUGUAAGUGGUGGACACAAGUGACUGGAGUUCAUAUCUGUCUGGGCAAAGAAAGCAGCAGAUGAGAUUUGCUGCAUUUCCUUCCAGGCACAUCCUUUCUCUGCAAAUGUGCUUAAAAGGUGAUGACCAUCUCAGUACUUGAGAUGCCUAAAGGCAAGUUACUGGUGCCUGGGACUAAAUGGAAAACUUCUUGUAGUUCAGGAUGCUGCCAUGAAUAGCAAUCCUUUUGUUUGUAGACCAGCCAUUGUAUUUAUAUCGGGCUUUGAGGUUUUUAUAGUGAACUUCUGUAUUUUAUUGUUUUUAAAGAAAUAAAAGAUCACAGGUACUUGAAUUUAGCAGCAUCGAUCAGCUAGACUGCUGCUUAACUGGGUUACUGAGAGAAACUUUACAGCUACUGGAAUAUCUCUAAUGUGAGAGAACUUUGCUUUUCCUACGCCCCCUUCAGAAUCUUUAGGAGGAGCAGUACUCCUGAAACUGAGUAUAGACAGGGAAGAAGAAAGCUUGGACUAGUCAAAGCAUUGUUUUGCCCUUUCUUCUCACCUAAAUUGAGUUGAUCGGUGGAUUUGACAAGGAGCCAUAUCCAGUAAAUGCUGUUUGAACAGAACAAAACAGCUUUCUCAGUUGUUAAUGUUUUUUCCCCAUUGCUUAUAGAAAAUACAGCAAAAUCUUGCUCUACUUCAAAUUCAUGCAAAUUCAACUUUAAAUGUAGCCUCUUGGGAAAGGGUUUUACUGUAUGUAUAUUUGAAAAUGUAAGCAGGAGUGGAGCACUCGCGUGGCUUAACACUUCCUUGCAAAAGGAAGCAGGGAAGAAGUCUUGUAUUUGCUCUCUUGCAACCGCCGUCCUACUUCUCAACAGCCUGGAAAAGCAGAGCUCUUUAUGAAGCACUAGCUUUCUGUGGGAAGAUUGCAUAAAGUCUUAAAAUGUAAGACUCCCCUCAUUCAAAACCCAGGGUUUCAUUUUUAUUGUGAAUCUCUGUAGUUGGUACAGAUGGGAGACGGCACGUCUCUUGUCUGUUGACCUAAGAUGUGGAAUCCCUUAAAAGUGGUUAGCUACAAUUCCUGAAGCAUUAGUCUGUAUGGAUCAUACAAAGUCAAAUAUGUAAAAUACCAUCCGCAUGAGGCAACCUGAUAAUCCUCUGUUUCAGCAGGGAAGCUAACAUGGGAACAUUUUAAUUGGAAUGUUAAGAGAGCAUUUGGAGUAAAAAAACUUUGCUUCUCUAA